GAUCGACGGCACGCAGAGCACUCUGCAGUGCAGAGUCUGCAGAGCCUGCACCGCGCAUUGCAGUGCAGGUCUCAUUCCGCAAUUUGACCCGAAGAGCUCAAGUCUCCUCUAAGAAACAAGAAACCGCAACCAUGGCUAUCGCCAAGUCUCUCUUCCGCAAGCCCGUAGACGACGCCGAAGUGCCCAAACAUAAGGGACUCGCGUUGCUCGGCUUCGGACGCCACCACCGCAAGUCCGAUGUAGUGGUGGAGAACACCCCGUCGUCGCGCCGUGUGACUCGCAAGCACAAGCGCAGCUACACUGGCCGCCAGCAGCCGCAACUCGAAUGCGGUUGCAGCUGCAGCAGCGAUGAGCAGCCUCACAAGCAGGCCAAGUCCUCAGUCUACGACCGCUGCCUCAGCGACGCCAUGACGCUGAAGGCGCGUCUCCACCGCGACAACUGCAAACCUGCCACACGCUUCCGCCUCGCGGUCAUGAAGCGCGUGGUCGUGCCGCCUGUGUCAAUCCCCAAGUCUAUCGCAGAGCAUCGUGGCAGCAAGGAUCUCGUGGGCGGACAGCGUGUGCCCUUUACGCGAUGCAUGUGGGAGACCGAGAAGAUGCGCCAGCAACUCGUGCUGCGUCGGCUCUACAUGCUCCCGAUCCUGCGCGAGGAUACCAGCCUCGAAGAGUAAAUAUCUCGCUCCAACCCGAACAUUAUAAACAAGCCUGUAAAUACGAAUGAAUACAAAGCUAUCUAUGAGCACACGA